AUGAACAUUGAAGUGAUUGAAGGAUAUCACGUGGUAUUAAAUAAGGUUUGGACGUUUCUUUUAUUAUCAGUGUGUUAUUUAUUGUUGUAAUAUUCUUUUAUUGAGUUUUAUUACACUGGUUGAAAAAGUAAUAUCGUAAUCUCGAGUAUAGAGUGUAAACCGUCUAAUAUACAUAAACAUAAAUAAAGUGAAGUUACAUUCAUUUGUUAAUAUUAAAACAAAACAAUGGCUUUUGAGUCUCCAGCACCUUCUCGAGAAUUUUUAUGGGACAUUUUCCAAAGAGUUGACAGAGACAGAAGCGGUUACAUAUCAUCUGAUGAACUUCAGCAGGCUCUAUCAAAUGGGACAUGGAACCCUUUUAAUCCAGAAACAGUGCGUUUGAUGAUUGGAAUGUUUGAUAAACAAAAUCGUGGUACAGUCAGUUUUGAAGACUUUGCUGCACUGUGGAAAUAUGUAACUGAUUGGCAAAAUUGUUUUCGAUCUUUUGAUAGAGAUAAUUCGGGGAAUAUUGAUAGAAAUGAACUUAAAAUAGCACUUACUACCUUUGGCUAUAGAUUGUCUGAUAAUCUUAUAGAUCUGAUUAUGAGAAAAUUUGAUCGAAAUGGAAGGGGAACUAUAUUAUUUGACGAUUUUAUACAAUGCUGUGUUGUACUUUAUACUUUAACAUCUGCUUUUCGCCAGCAUGAUACAGAUCAGGAUGGUGUAAUCACUAUUCAUUAUGAUCAAUUUUUAAGCAUGGUUUUUAGUCUUAAAGUAUAAGGUUUAAGCAUGUCAAUGAUAUAUUGUAGCAUUUGAAUUUGUAAUUUUUAGUAGGGUACAUGCAGUAUUUAAAGUAUAAUUCUACAUGAAACAAGAAAUGCAACUUAUUUAUGUUAAAUUGGCCCAAUAGGCUUUCUAUUUUUAUAUUAAUUAUUCAGUAAUAAAGCAUACUUAAAAAUACAUAUAUAAAAAUAAAGCAUGGACAAACUAGUCCUGAAGCUGUAUUUUGUAAAGUGUAGUUGCAUUGAAAAAAAUCAUUGCUAAAGGAGUAUAGUAUUAGGUAUUUAGCCCUGUAAGCUCAAGGGUCAAUGCUAUGAAUUGUUAUCAUAAAUAGGGGAAGAAGAAAUUAAUAAAAAACAAUUUUUAGAAAACAGCAAA